AGUCAUGCAGAAAGAAAAGCAAAAUGUCCGCAGUAAACAUCAAGGGUAGUAAUUAGAGCAGACUACAUUUAAUAUUUUUUUAUCACAAUUUGGUAAAGAAACAAAGCAAAAUGGAAUUGUCAACGAAAGUGAAAACGCAUGGCUGUCCCUACUGAGUUGCCGUAGUCAUUCAAAUGUCACAAGUUAUUUUGAAAUUGAUAAAUAGCUAGAAGGAAUAACAUAUUGUGAAUUAUUCCAUCUGUCAAGACGGUCAGCAAUUUACCAACUAACUCUAGAGGAAGAUGCAGGGCCGGCAGAUAAAACAAUGUGGCCUUUUCUCACUGACUCUUUUGGCCACAUUUCUCCAUUGUAGCUGUUUGCCACACAGUACUGGUGGAAAGCCAUUUCCAGAGACCGCUGAAGAAAUUGCCAGCUAUACAAAGGUAGCCAAGAGCAUCAUAGACUUGGCUGUGUAUGGCAAUGCCCAGAACCGCUCCUAUGAGAGACUGGCAGACUUCACAGAUACAAUAGGGAACCGUGUCAGUGGCUCUAAGAACCUGGACCUGGCUAUCAAGUACAUGUUCAGUGCCCUGAGGAAGGAUGGGCUGGAGAACGUACAUCUAGAACCAGUGAAGAUCCCACACUGGGUCAGGGGAGAGGAGAGCGCCAUGAUGCUACAGCCCCGGAACCACACCAUGGCCAUCCUUGGACUGGGCAGCAGUGUGGCUACACCCCAAGGAGGUAGGCCUAUGGGCAAUUCCAUGGCCUACCCCUGGCCAAACCCGAAUGACGCUGGGCCAAUUGUGCGCUGCCCUAUGGGACUCCCAAUCACAGCCGUGUGGGCUACUCUCAUCCGGUCCAUCACACCCUUCUCCAUCAACAGUCCUCACACAGGCUGGCAGGACUACCAGGAGGGAGUGCAGAAGAUCCCUACCGCCUGUAUCACAGUGGAAGACGCCAUGAUGAUGGCCAGGAUGGCUAAGCGAGGCCAGAGGAUUGUGGUCAGACUCACCAUGAACGCCCAGACCUUCCCUGAUGCUGACUCCUUCAACACUGUGGCUGAGAUCAUCGGCAGCGAGCACCCAGAACAGGUAUGCUGUCUGUCCCCCCCCCUUCAGGUGGUGCUGCUCAGUGGUCAUCUGGACAGCUGGGAUGUGGGCCAGGGGGCCAUGGAUGAUGGUGGUGGAGCGCUCAUCUCCUGGGAGGCCCUGUCUCUGCUUAAAGACCUGGGUCUGCGUCCCAGAAGAACCCUCCGGACAGUGCUGUGGUCUGCAGAGGAGCAGGGAGGGGUUGGAGCGCAACAGUACUUCCAGCUUCACAAGGUGAACAUCUCUAACUUUAACCUAGUGAUGGAGUCUGACCUGGGUACCUUCAGCCCCUUGGGGCUGCAGUUCACAGGCUCAGCCCAGGCCCGGGCUGUCAUGGCUGAGGUGAUGAAGCUACUGAAGCCCAUCAACACCACCACCCUGGAGGAACACGGAGAGGGAAUUGAUAUAGAGAUGUGGAUGGAUGCCGGCGUGCCAGGAGCCAGCCUGCACGUUGCAGACAGUAGAUACUUCUGGUUCCACCACACCAACGGGGACACCAUGUCUGUUCAGAGCCCCAUAGAAAUGAACCUGUGUUCGGCCCUGUGGGCGGUGGUGGCCUACGUAGUGGCUGACCUGGAGGAGAUGCUGCCCAGGUAGUCCACUAGGACUGUCCUGCAUCCCAAACGGCACCCUAUCCCCUGUAUAGUUUUGGGAGAAGAAUGCACUAUAGGGAAUAUGGUGCCAUUAAAAAUGCUUAACUGAGCAUUUCUUUUUGAGUGAUUGUAUGUUUUUAUGUUGUUUGUCCUCCAGAAGGGCUUCCUGCAGUAACCUCUCUGUGAAAUUAUACCCCAGUCUGGUUAAGUGGCUAAAGAAGAAUUGUGUGUAUAAACCACACAAUGUACAAAAUGGAAUUAAGUGUUUGGCAUAUUUGCAGUCUAUAUUUGUUUUUAAUAAUGAACGCAUAUGUACUGCAUGUUUCAUGUUGACUGUCAUAUCUAAUCUGCCAAUAAAGCUGUGCAUUUCUUAGACCAUGGUA